AUGGAUGAGUUAAACGUAACAUACAUAACUCUGGGUGGGCAUGUGGAAGUUGACAAAUUCAGAUAUGUUUAUUUUUUUAUUAUGUUCAUAGCAUAUAUUCUAAUAUUAUGCAGUAAUUCUAUUAUUGUGUACCUUAUCUGGGUUCACCAAAACCUCCAUGAGCCUAUGUAUAUUUUCAUUGCAGCUUUGUUAGUGAACUCCGUUGUUUACAGCACUAAUAUCUACCCAAAGCUUUUGUUUGACUUUUUAUCUGAGAAACAGAUCAUAUCUUAUUCAGCCUGUCUCUUUCAAUUUCAAAUUUUUUACUCUUUAGGCAUUUCAGAAUUCUUACUGUUGUCAGCCAUGGCCUAUGACAGAUAUGUGUCCAUAUGUAAACCUCUGCAAUAUCCAAAUAUCAUGACAAAAACCACAGUGAGUAUUUUCCUGUUGUUUGCUUGGCUUCUGCCUGCUUGUCAUCUUGCAGUCCAAACAAUAUUAAGUUCUGAAGCGAAACUGUGUGACUUAACUUUAAAAGGAAUAUUUUGUAACAAUUCAAUUUACAAACUUCAAUGUGAAACAUCAAGAGUAAUUACUAUAUUUGGUAUUGUUAUUUUAUUAGAUCUCUCAAUUUUGCCCAUGCUUUUCAUAAUCUUUACAUACACCAAGAUAUUUAUAGUAACCUAUCGAAGCUGCAGAAAAGUCAGGAAAAAAGUUGCAGAUACCUGUUUACCCCACCUGAUGGUUUUAAUCAGUUUCUCCUUUUUAUUUGCAUAUGAUGUCAUUAUAGCUCGAGUGCAAUCAAAUUUUCUGAAAACUGCACGCUUAAUAAUGAUGUUACAAAUUAUUUUGUAUCACCCUUUGUUUAACCCACUCAUAUACGGGCUCAAAAUGAAAGAAAUUUCUAAACACCUCAAAAGGUUGUUCUGUUCAGCCAAAGGUAUUUGA